AAUCUAGUAAUACUCGUUAGAAUCAUAAAAAACUCUACAUUCAAGAUAAAAUCGAGAUGACAGAAUUAAAAUUUUUGAUAUUUACACAAAGUGUAUGUUACAGCAGCAUUUAUUAGAACAAGACGUCGAUAUUGAAAGAAUUAUUUACGAUACACAUGGCUUGUUGGGGGCUCAUAUUGAACAACUAGUACGAAUAGCAAUAAAUAAUGCUUUAAGAAGAGGUGUAAUGGCACAUGAAACGCUAGAUGUGGAUAAAACAUUACCAGAACAAAUAAGAAUUAAUAGCUUUGAUCUUACAAAUGCAUGCGAAAAAUACAAUCAAUAG